AUGUCAGCAGAAAUUGGUGAAGAUAAGAAUUUCCUAGGUCAUGAUGUCAAAAAGUCUCUCAUUUGGCUCCAGUUUCAAACUAUCGCUCGUGAAGCCACUGGAGAUUUGGGUCAAGAUGAUGAUAAAAUCUGGUAUUCUGUGACUUGGUCCUUCACAGAGUUUAUUAAGCACUUUAAUCUUCUACAUGAUGGGUUACAUAAGCUCCAGUUUCUUAUACCUGAAUGUGAGAAUGAAGAGAAUCGAACUGCUGUCACAAAGUCAGUACAGGAAGAACUUCAGAAGAAAGGUCUGAAGCUAAAGCUGUUCAACGACCAAGCCCAACAGCUUGGCAGCCGUUAUCCAAACAUGAAGGAUGAAAUCCAUCGUAGGGUGAAUCUAUUACAUAAUAAGUGGGAAGCUGUUGAGCAGACAGUAAACCCUCACAAACCCCAACAAUCUCAGGAUGGGAUAUUUCAAGAGGUGGCUCACCAAAUGAAAUGCUUGCGCCAUUGGUUGAGGGAAGUGGAGAAUAAACUCAGGUCUCCAGCUGUCUGUCUUAAAUGGACAUUAUCAGACAUUGAAAAUAAAUACAAGGAGCAGCAGGUUGUGCAGAAAGAGAUUGAAUCCCGAGGAAAGUAUGUUUCUUCGAUGCAGAAACUCUGUGAAAGGCUGGGUGCAGGAUCGACAGAGGGAGUGUUAGUCUGGGAUGGUCAACGAGUGCGGAGAGUGGCCGCAACGCUAGAACGUCGGUGGCACGCCUUGUGGCUACGGUCUUUGGAGUGGCAAUGUGUCUUAGAGGAACUGAUUAACAAGUAUAAAUCUGGUUUUGUGUUAAGUGAUGUUCCCAUACCACUAAGUGUUGGAGAAGAGCCACUUACCAAGUAUCCAAGACUAGCUUCUGAUAGGGAUGACUGGUUAUUCCAGCCACUCUUGACCAUGGAAAACGAGUCCAUCGACAGUGAGCUAAAACAUCCAGAGGAAAGUGAUGAAAAGUUGGAUGGUUCUUUGAAUAAUGAUAAAGGUGUCAUGGUGGGGUGUACAGGGAUUCCCGAAUUGAAGUCAAUGUGUGGUGGGAGCUUUGAUCACUUUGAAAUUGUACAAGAUGUUGGUUAUUCCAGUGAGAGCUCUACACACUUAUCCAAUGAUGAGAGACAAGAGUUCAUUAGGAUUUACAGUUACAGCCCUGUUCCUAAAGAGCUGUCAAAAUCAGAUCAGGCAUGUCAUCAUUCUCUGUUGCCUUCACCAAUUGAAACUUCUGGUCACUUCAGAGGGCACCAUCGUAAUGGCACUGGGACAUUGUUAUCUGAAAUCGCUUUGUUCCAAAAUAAAACUCUGGAGCAAUUCCCCUACGUCCAAAAAAAAGAAAUAAGAAAUAACCAAAAGCAUUCAACAUUGCAUAUCCAGGAAGUUGAUAAUGACUAUUUUCUCUCAGAAGAAAUGGAGAUGAGCUCUUCAGCCUUAACCAGUAGUGUUUUAGACCUUAAUAGCUCUUUUCAGAUCACACCUCAACCGGAGAUGUUCUCAUUACCUGCUGCCACAUCUAGCCCAAGAAAUAAUAGUGAUGCUGUCAGACAGCUUGUAAUAGAAGCUGAGGGUUUGGUGAGAGGAUCAUACAGUAAGAAUAAUAAGUCUGCCAAAAUCCAUGCAUGGCUGCAGCAGUGUGAAUUCAAAGAAGGUUUAGGAGUUGUGUCAGAGGCAGUUGAAAGUUCUUGUGAUGCAAGUGGAGAAUGUACCACAAAUGAUUCUGAAUGCGAGGACUCUUUUGGAUCAAAUGAAAUGAACUGUAGCUUGGACCUGAGCCGAUCGGGUACAGGGAGUGUUGAAACAGUGGUACCAGCAAAGAUGGAAGAGCUCAUUGAAUCCAAAAGCCACGCAGUGAGCACAGAGUUAUCACCUAACAUUGCCAGGAGUAAGGUGCAGUCCACUAAAGAUCCCCCACAUAAUAAAACAGUGUAUGACCAGCAUAAUUCAUGGAACUUUUCUUCUGUUUCACCAAAAAAUACAUCUGAUGAAGCAAUUAAUGUAAUGUCCUCACCCGUUCAGACAAGGAAACAUUUAAGAACAAAAGUCCAUGUCAGCACAAGUAGGCAGUAUAAGCAGGACAGUUCUUCUUCUGUUGUCCAAUUGUCUGACUCAGGGUCAAGUUGUUUUUCACCUAGUUCUAAGUAUACAUCUUUUAGUUCAGGAUGUAUAUGCUGUUUUGAUGAGGCUCGGAGAGGUCGUAGCUGUGAAAAUAGUCCUAAACGUGGCAAGAAUUCUUCACAUUGUUGGAGACGAGCCUCGCGCUCCUCCAGGAAGUCCAGGUCUCCUAAAUCUGGUAGUGCAUCUUCAGUUUCCAAGUUAAACCAGGUUUAUGAUUCCAAUGGUAUCAUUGUAAGUGACAACUCUCUCAGUGUUAACAAAGAGCUGAUUACAGGAAAAUAUGGCAAUGGCAAUGUGACACAGUCCAUCAAGCCAAUAGAAGAUCAAGGGUUUCAGUCUGAUCAAGCAUGGGAUAACUUUCAGGAGCCCGCUUAUUUGAGUGAACCCUACUCUGAGUCCAAUGCAGAAGAUGCUGCCAGAAAAUUAGAGGAUUAUGGAGAAGAUUACCAUGCUUUCUUAGGGUGCCAAUCAGACAGCUCUGUGGCAUGCAAUAUAAUGGCACCAGUAGGAGUGGAGUCGGACUCGGAUGUUGAUGAUUUUCAUCACAUCUUGGAAGAAAGUGAAAAAGCUCUCCACUUUUCCACCAAGCUUUACCAGAGUCAUACUGUCUCCAUCUUUGAUGCAGAAUUUGCGGAAUUGAUGGUCACCUGCAGAACUUAUCUAAAGUCUCUGCAUGACGUGCAAGAACAAGUGAAUACCAACAAUCAUCAUCAUCAUACCGUGCUUUCUGUUGAAGAUCUUGAAAAACUGGAAGACCACAUCUCUCAGUGGAAGUUGUUUUACCAUCAGCUGUUUGACUGUCAUCCUGUGGAGCAAAAAGUUUGUUUUAAGAAACUAGAAGAAUUGAAGAAUGAAUUGACCAAACUUUCUCUCAUUGCAAACCAGACUAAGUGGCCAAAGUGUCUGGAAGAUUUGGAGGAGAGGAUAAUGUCAUUAAAGAUUUCAUUGUCAAAAUUACAUGACACUAAAACUGCUCUAUUGGAAGUAAACCUACUGAUACGUCGGCUACUGACAGACUCGGGGUUGAUAUCGCCACAUACAAAGGAAGUUGUGAUGGAGCUGUACCAGUUGUGGGAUGAGACCUACGAACUGACGGGCACUGAGCUGACAAAAAUGCAAGGUAUAAAACAGAAAUGGAACAUCAACAGCCAAGGACAACAUGUCGAGGAGCAAUUUUCACGUCCCAACAUUACUGAAAUGCAGCAUGAAGCUAUCAAAACCCAGGAUUGGCCCACCAAGAAGUUUACUACAAACUAUGGGAUGUUGGAAAAUGAUUCAGUAGAGCUACAGGAUUUCUUACCAGAAGUGAAUGAUCAGAGUAAGACAAACCUCAGUACCUGUCAGUAUCGUAAUGUGGACCAGCAUAAAAAUCUUGCAAGCCACCGUAAGAUUGAAGUACAAGAAAAGGGAGUUUCGGUCAAUGAAGUGAAGCCCCCUGCUCUUACUUUUAGAUCUGUGGCAACUUCUCCAGAUUCAAGUAAUAGAAAGUUGGAACUACCUUCCAAGACUAACCAGAAAGUUCAGCUGUGGCAGCGAAUUAUACGCUUUGCAGUGCCCAUCCAAGUGGCGCUUGUUGUUCUCUCCUGUCUGGGGAGCUUGUUGGAGCCUCACUGUUGUGAUAUCAUGAACAACUUUGGCUCCUCCCUGACUCCUCAGCUGAGGUAUAUCAAUGGGCCUCCUCCAGUAUGAUGAGAUAAACCUGCUGACCAAGGUUUAAGUCUAUAAUUACAUGUAGCUGUGGCAUUGCCACAGGAAUGAGUGGUCCUCUUUAGCUUUCAGUAUUACACUGGUACUUAGGCUAAUAAUCCCUGAUCAGGAGGGUUAGGGCAGAUUUUUGAUCCUCAAAAUCUUUACAUGACACUGAUAUAAUUGUAAACAGUACAUCAAGGUUGUAGAAGGUCGUGUUGUUGAUGUUAUUCCAAGAAAUUUUGUUGAAGAUAAAACAAAACAGUAAAGAUAAUUGUUACUCUUACUGUUUGAUACAUUCAGGUUGGAUGAAUUUUGAUCAUUAUGAUUGUAACCAUUACAAAUUGGGGUUUGUGUGAGCAGAAGUAGAUGAAAUUUUUCUGAGUCCAGUUUAAAGAUCAAUACUUGAAGAUAAUUACUCGUAUGUACUCUCUGAAGUCUGGUAGAUAGAAAUUAUAAAUAUAUCUACACUGAGGAAGUUACAAGCUGUAAGUUGAGGAUUGUGAUCUCUCGUUAAUAUUAAGGCUGUGAAAAUUAGAGCUAACACUGUUACAGAGUUAAUAACAAGAGACCGUAUUGUCAGUUGGCUAGUUUAUAAUCACAAAAUAUUAGUUACGAGGUACGGAUCAGACUAAAUCUUUAUAUUACAAGCCAUAAAUUAGCAGUUAUGAUGUUUCAUAGAUCUCGGUUUUAAUGUUAUUAUUGGAACUGUUCAAAUUUGAGCAAAACAUGCCUUCUAAAUUCCUAAUUAUCAUUAUUACCAACUGACUUUUUUUGUAGUCACAGUAGAUAAAACAGUAUGAUAUUG